UUGCCACAUGAGCUAACAUCUGCCCCAUCAGUUUUUCUCCUAUUUUUGUUACAUUUUGGUAUGCUGGUCACAGGCACUUCUUAAUGCCUGCAACGUUUGCAAGAGAGUGAGAGAUGGAUUUCUGGUACAAAGUUUGCUGCUGCUGUUGCCAUAGAGAAGCAGAACUGGAGAAGAAUCCAUUGAUCUUUGGUGACACACUUCAGUAUUUCAACAAGUUGCAGAAACGCCGGCGAUCAGAGGCUGCUAACUUGUGGAAUGAACCUGUGGACAGCACCCACAUGGAGCGGGACGAUGAUCAUGAGCUCUACAUGCUGCUGCAGAAGAGGGCAAAAAUGCGCCGGGGAUCCGAGAGCUACCGACGUUUGAGCUUUGACAUCAUUGCCCAUCGACAGGUCCGUAGGAAGGUGAAGGACCGAUGGAAGCAAGUCUUGGAAGUCUUAGGAUUCAGAACUGAAGCAGACGGGCUCCUCACUGUGACCUCCAGCAUCGCAUAUGAAUCCCUUCGCAAUCCUCAAGAGGCCCGAAGGCUCCUCAAUGCCCUGGCUGAGCAGACAACCAUUUUUGGCCGUUCCCAUGGUGGUCCAGCAGAGAGAUACCUCUUUGUCCUUGACAGGCUUCUUCUUCUAGAUGUAGGAGAUGACUUCCUGUCAGCUGCUCGUCACUUUUACCCUGUGGAGGAAGAUGAAGACAUCACAUGUUCCAGUGAUGGAGGGCCUACUACCUCAGGUCCAGUCUUAGUCAAACGGAGUGGUGAAGCUGAUGAAGAAGCAGAAGAAGAUGAAGUCACAGAUGUGGAAGAAGAAUAAAUGUUAGAGAUGGAGAAGGAGGAAGUUGAGGAAGAAGCCGUGGUAGGCACCAUGGAGUGACACCAACGCAGCCUUCGGAUGGACGAACACAUGCAGUGGAUCUAUGCAGGGCUC